CAAGUCCCACAGACAAAGUGUAUUAUCUCCCAAGGCCGUCACUACACGUCGUCCAUCGGGAAAGACUGCAACUGCAUGUAUGACGUGUUCGUAAGCUGCAGGCACUCGAACUGGCGUGGUCGUUUGGAUGAUGGGCUGAGUCACAUUUACCAUUCAGUUCGAAGUUGACGGUGAGAACGGUUAACCGUCGGUGGACUUGUUGAAGGGACUUUUUGAUGCCUUGUGGAGCUUUAUGCCGUACAGCUCCCGUUUUUACUACUAUUUCACAGCGCUAAUUUGUCCUGUGUCUUAUCAGACGCCCAAGUCAUUAAGAGGCUACGCCUUUGGCACAAACUUGCAACUUUUCAGAUUAGGCCAACACACUGCGCUAAACUCCAUCAUCCUGCUUAUAGUAUUGGGGUGCAUCUGGAGUUGGCGAAAAUGGUGCAACUGCUUGCAAGUGUGAUGAGUGUCCUGUUACCCUUCCGAAAUACUUCGGUUCCCCAAAGCUCCCAAAAACAAGCUGCAAAUUUGGCUCUGACUUACCCGAGUAGUAGGAACAGUGGCGGCAAAAACCUCUUGACCACAAACAGGACAACUAUCUGGCGCUCGCCGAUGGCGAUUCGUCUACACGAAAGGCGCCACCUAAACGUCAAUCAACUCAACCUACAACUCGGGUUGUUCAUUACCCAUCUCUUUGCUUGCCCAAAAUACUUACCAUUUGUGCUUAUCUAGCUUCCAAGUCA